AUGGAUUAUUCCCUGACCAUAUUUCUACGCCAAUCUUGGUCAGAUAACAGACUGCAGUAUGAACAGUUACCAAAUAUCACAGCAUUGGAGCUUGAUGCCAGGCUGAUGGAAAAGAUAUGGGUUCCUGAUUUAUUUUUUACAAAUGAAAAACGGGCAAUAUUUCAUCACGUGACAGUACCAAACAGAUUAAUGCAUAUUUAUCCCAACGGAACGGUGAACUACAGUUGUAGGAUAUCAAUGACAUUGAGUUGUGAUAUGGAUUUACAUAAAUAUCCAUUCGAUGAUCAAGAUUGUCAUAUUGUAAUGGAAAGCUAUGGUUAUUCUACUAGUAAUUUGAUAUUCAAAUGGAAUCCAACACCAAUUAUAAAGCGACCGGAAGUCAAACUACCUCAAUUUGAAAUGGUGAAGUGGACAUGGUCUGAUUGUACAAAAACAUACGUCAACACCAAUUAUACGUGUUUAAGUGCUGAUUUUUACCUGAUCAGAAACUAUGGAUAUUAUAUAGCUCAGAUAUAUAUUCCUAGCGUAUUGGUUGUGAUUUUAUCAUGGGUGUCAUUUUGGCUGGACAUUGAUGCCAUUCCGGCUCGGAUAUCACUGGGCCUGCUGACAGUACUGACCAUGACCACCCAAAGUUCUGGUGCUCGGGCCAAUCUGCCCAGAGUAUCUUAUAUAAAAGCUAUUGAUGUGUGGAUGGCAAUGUGUCUGUUCUUUGUGUUUGCGGCGUUGGUUGAAUUCGCCUACGUCAACGUGAUGUCGCGGGUAGAGAAAAGACGACAAACAAUACGAGGAGAGAUAUCCUCGUCGCAUAUUGAUGCUGAAGGUGGGGUCAUGUUAGAGGAAAAAGAAAAAACUAAUGGUAAAUCUAAUCCAUUUAGAUCCAAAAGACUUUCAAAUAUUACCGCUCAAAAUAGGCAACGAGCACGUCGUAUGGACAAAAUCUCGCGCCUAGCCUUCCCUGGUGUUUUUAUUAUGUUUAAUAUUGGAUAUUGGAUUUUUUACAUGACUUGGGAAGGCAAAUAG